UACAUUAUCACUCCCGUAGUGUGUUCUUCUGAAGCCUGAUUUGCGCCUUGUAGUUUGUAGGUCGGAGGCUUCACUCCUUUCAUCACUCAGAACAGAACAGAAGUGUGAUCUCUCAGGUAUUGCGAGAAAUUUUGAAAAGCUGGAGCACGAUCACUUGGUUUGCAAAUGAAUGAGGUUUUCGUAUAUCGAUGACGUGACGUGUGAUAGUGCAAAUUUCAGUUUGUGACUGGAAAUAUCCCCAAGAACCAUGGAGCAGCAGUACAAUCUGAGAUCUCCUGCUGUCAAGCGGCUCAUGCGAGAGGCGCGAGAACUCCGUGAACCAACCCACCAGUAUCACGCCCAGCCGCUGGAGGACAAUUUGUUCGAGUGGCACUUCACUGUUGCUGGUGCAUCGGACUCGGCGUUUGAUGGCGGUCGGUAUCACGGUCGCAUCAUCCUGCCGUCGGAGUAUCCCAUGAAGCCACCACAUAUCAUAGUUCUCACUCCCAAUGGCCGCUUUAUUGUUGGUCACAAGAUUUGUCUCAGUGUGUCAGGCUAUCAUCCUGAAACGUGGCAGCCGUCUUGGAGCAUUCGGACAGUACUCCUUGCACUGAUUGGCUUCAUGCCGACGAAGGGUGAAGGUGCAAUAGGAGCGUUGGACUACACGGACCAAGAGAGAGUCAAGCUAGCUAAGCGGUCAGUAAACUUUGUAUGCCCUACAUGUGGUCUGAGAGGAGGUGAUGCGCUGCCCGACAGACCAGAAGGUCAAUCCGCGUUAAGCGCAGAAGAUGAAGCACUGGCGGCCCAGAUUUCGUUCAAGGGGGCAAAGUCGGCGACGUCCACCUCUUCUUCACCAGCACAGCCGGAUGCUAGCAACAAGUCGUCGUGUACGACCAAGGCUGCUGCUGCUGCGAGUGAAGUCUCUACAUCGGCAGAACCAACACCCAGUGGGAGUAGUACAUCAGCAAGUGACGCUUCUGUCGCCGCUGACGACAGAGGCAGUGGGCCAGCACCUUCCUCGGCGCAAUCACCUGCGCAGUCGGGUACGAGACAGAGAAAGCCCGGAAAAGCAAAGGGUGCAAGCGCCGGUGCAUUGCCACGGUCUGCUGCUGUCGCGGAACGUCAGACUCAUGCUUUCGACUGGAUCUGGACUGUACUGGUGUAUUUGCUUGUACUAACCCUUGUGGGCUUGGGUGUGCGGCGGCUUUUCUUUCUCUGACAAAGAAACUCUUCACUGCC